AUGGCGGUGAACUACAGCGCCAACCAGUACGAGAAGGCAUACCAUACCGGCCCGCGCCUGCUGCAGAACUGGUCCCCUGCGAGGCCGACCAAGGAGAGAGUGGCUGCCCAGGAAGGCUACACGCAGAUCAUUGCCGACAGCCGCGGCCACCUGCUGCCCUCCGUGCCCCGUUCCCAGGCCAGCCCCUGGGGAUCCUUCAUGGGCACCUGGCAGAUGCCGCUCAAGGUGCCCCCCGCCCGGGUGAACCUGACCGCGCGUACCGCAGCGGGCGCUGCCAACCUCACCAAGUGGAUCCAGGAGAGCCCCAACUUCCUCCAGGCGUGCAAUGGGCUGUGCCCCGAGGUCGUGGGCAAGGUAGGUGGACGCGCAGUGCCUCGGCUUGCCGAGGCCCCCAAAGCCCAAGGACACCCCCGCCCCAGAGAAGGCAGUGCAGCGGGCUGGGGAGCUCAGGCCCCCUCUGCACUCCGCCAGCCGCGAGAGCUGGAGCGUGACACGGCCCAGAAGCAGCCGGGGUCUCCCUCCAAGGCUUUGGACCUGCUGGCCCCGCGGCCAAGGUGA